AUGUCGCCAGCUUCCCCGCGUUCACCGGGUGGCGAAUGCGGCAGCAUGUGGAGAGGCUUCGACAGCAGAGAAGUACUAACUCUGAUUUUGCAGACACUUGACGAAAUGGGAUACAGAGAUAUCGUCACCUCACUCGAGAAGGCAAGCGGAGUUGAGCUACUUCAGCCUGACAUGCGCAAACUGCGAGAGAGUAUUCUAGAUGGAAACUGGCUAGAGGCUGGAAGGGCUCUGCUUCGUCUGCCCCUCGAACCGCUAACUAGGCAGGGUUGCUGGUUUUUGAUCAUGCAACACAAAUUUCUGGAGGCAAUUUUAGACCCCAGCAUGUCUUUAGAGUCCAGAAUCGCGUGUCUAAGAAAGGACCUAAGUGUGGCGGCCUUCGAUACUGCAACGACGGAGAGGGUCCACGAGUGUGCGACGCUGUUGAUGUAUGAAGGCAGCGACCUGUUGGGGCAUGUACUGCAGAUAUCUAGCUUGAGCAGGAGUCAAUUGUUUAGCCGCAUUACUUGUCUGCUGCCGGCUUCCCUAGCUUUGCAGCCAUCUAUGUUGGCGACAAUUAUGGAUCAGGCUCGUCGGUUUCAACUUUUGUCUUGUCCACUGCAUGUUGAGUCUCCGGGCAGCGUGAGCGAGAGCGUCAUCCAGCCUCACCGAUGCAGAGUUCCCCUCCUUCCGCAGUGCUGUGUUGCCUGUCUGCAUACGCAUCGCAAGGAAGUGUGGACGGUGGCAGUAGCCCCCAAGCAGUCCAACAGGAUGGAGACGCUUGUUGCUUCGGGGUCCGCGGACCGGUCGGUUUGCGUGUGGCUGUUAAGUCCAGACACCUCAGCAUGGAACAAAAACUUUUCCGAGGAAUUAAAUACAGCAGAGCGGUUGUCGGCAAGUCAUCUGGGCGCUCGCUGGCUGUCCACUUGGCUGGAAGGCGACACGGAUUUGGUGAUGCGACUCGAGCAGACUCAGGCCCGACCGAUAAUGGAAAAAGCUGGAGGAGAAAGUCCAUUUAUUGAGGCUUGGGAAGAAGGCCGAAAGCUCAUCGACUACUGCACACACAGCGGCGCCCUCGUCGGGCUGCAGUGGGUUCCCGGUCAUAGGAAGUUGAUUUCAAUGGCCACUGACCGGACCAUGACGCUUGUUUGUCUCCACAAUUCAACACUAAACGCAACAUAUUCGGUGGAAUAUGAAUGGGUUUUGCCCGGAAGGCCUCAAGAGGGGUUCUUACUGCCGGGGUCUAAUAAUAUGAUUGUCUUCUUCUCCGAUCGCCAAGCCAAAUUAUUCGACAUAAGCACUAAAGAAGAAACCCCCUGGUCGAAUAGCAAGGACCUUGUCAUUGCAGCGUGCCCCUCGAAAAUCUUUAAUCAGAUACUACUAAGCACAGCAAAUUCACCUCCUGUGUUGCGGCUUUGGGACUUCGAUGAACGCAAAGUCGUCCAGAAGUACAGAGGGCAUAAAGCGGGAAGGCUGGCUAUUCGUCCGGCAUUUGGCGGCCCCCACGAGGAACUUGUCAUAACUGGCUCAGAAGAUGCGCAAAUAUACAUCUGGCACCGUUUUUGGGGCUGCAUGCUCCAACAGCUCAAAGGGCACGCAUCAGCAGUCAACCAAGUCGCCUGGCUACAUUCGUGCGGCUCCAUAUGUAUGGUUUCGGCGGGGGACGACGCCGUCGUGCUGUUGUGGAGUUUCGGGAUGAAUGGAGGUGAAGAAAGCGCCGAAAGCUCCUCCAGCUGCCGCAGCCCAGACUUGAUCACGGUGUCGGACCCAGGACAAGCAACACCCGACGAAAGCAGCGACUAG